GUCACCGCGAUCACAUUUGUGGCGCUCGGCACCUCCUUGCCCGACACUUUCGCGUCAAGAACGGCAGCCGUGCAAGAUCCCACCGCAGACGCAUCGGUUGGCAACGUUACGGGCAGCAACUCUGUCAAUGUCUUUCUUGGAUUGGGCCUGCCAUGGACGAUGGGUUCGCUUUACUGGUCUUAUUCCGAGCCCGAUGCGAAAUGGCUGAGCAAAUACGCACCACCUUUGGGUGUAGAAUCUUUGGUCCCGAUCCAAUCGCGUUUCCGUGAAGGUGCGUUCGUUGUCAGGAAGGGCGCGCUCGUCCCCAGCGUUGCCGUCUUCACUUGCUGCGCACUCGUGGCCAUGGGCAUGCUCUACUACCGCCGGAGGCACCUUGGCGGCGAGCUUGGCGGGCCGAAGUACAACAAGAUGGUGUCCGCCGGCGUCCUCGUCGUCCUGUGGGUGGUAUUCGUGUGCUUGUGCUCCCACUUCGCUCUGGAUCACCGGCUCUGCAGCUGACGCGCGGGGGCAGCGAGGACCCCCCCGGCGGGCCGCGGCACCUGCUGCGCGGGCCGGCGCCUGCGGAAGCGCAAGAGCGCUCGGCGAGCAGGCCUGCUCGCGCGAGGCCUGAUCUCUUCGGCUGCAGCAGCCGUGCAGACAGACGUCGCGCUCGUUUGAAGCGCUGCGCCGCGCUUGACAGCGCGCAGAGGGGGGGCUGCGCGGUCAGGGGGGGUGGCCUUCCAAGGGGGGCGCGGCAGGCGCACGGCAUCUAGAGGACGGUCCCUUGUAAG